ACCAUGUGACGAGAUUUCCUCCCUCCCUCUUCUCCCACCCCUCGUACCAUUUUAAACCCUAUACUCCUCCUCCUCCUCUCUCUCUCUCUCUCUCUCUCUCUCUCUCUCUCUCUCUAAGAUUCGCGUUCUUCUCUCUCUAGAUUUUCAUCCAUCUAGAUCGCUUUCAGUUUGUAUUUCAGGGUGGUGUGACGACGUUAUUUUUGGGGAUGGAGGACGGCAAAGAGCAACGGGUGGAUGAGGGGUCUGAAAAUUCUUCCCCACAGGAGGAGGAAGUUUUAAAGAAAAAGUAUGGUGGAAUCAUUCCAAAAAAACCACCACUAAUUUCGAAGGACCAUGAACGUGCUUAUUUUGAUUCUGCUGAUUGGGCACUUGGAAAGCAAGGGGUUGAGAAGCCAAAGGGACCACUUGAAGCCCUUCGGCCAAAACUACAGCCCACACAGCAGCAAACACGAUACAGAAAGUCUCCUUGUGCUCCAGCAGAUGGUGAAGAUCGAGGAAGUGCCGCUUCUGAGGAUACAGCUGCCACUGAAUGAAGGAGCUUUUGGUGUUUUGAUCUUGUGAGAACCUCUGACUGUUAUUGUGUUACCUACAUUGAUGGGUAAUAUUCUGUCCUGACAACAAACUUGGUGAACAUGCAUUGCACCAACAUUACUGCAGUUGAAACUAAGCCGUAACUUCUGGUGUUCCAAGUUUUGAUGUGGGACGUUAUUUUCUUAUUAACAAUGAUAGAGCAACUUACGAAAUUCAAAAACCUAAACAAAUUAUUCACUUUUUCA